UAUCAUUAGUCGCGUUGCGCGUUCAUCACGAUGAGAACGUAGUGUAUCACCGUCGUUCUUCCAAAUUUCUCAAUCAUCAAUUUCACAUUCUGCUGCAGUGUCAGUGACUGUGAAUAACGUAAUCCAGUACGUACAUAUUAAUCUACAUAACGUGUUCCUAUCCAUCUCCCUCGGGACGGCGAUUGCAAAGUCAUCGUUAAGGUUAAGGUUAAACACGGUUUCUGUGGUCGCAGUGAAAGUGCUUAUGCUCUUCGACCCAAUUCAUGUCCCCAUCUCUUGCUCACGCUUCGUAUUUGAUACAUUCCAAAAUUCGAGAUCUCGUCUCUCCGCACUCACUGAUAUUUGUGUCAAGCUAUACCGGGUGUUCCAAACGUGGCGAUGAACGGCGCGGAGAAAUGUGACGUAAUCCGAGUUGGAUCUCGGAAAAGUGAGUUGGCCUUGAUACAAACUAAGCAUGUGAUACAAUGCCUAAAAGAAAUAUAUCCAAAGAAAGAAUUUGAAAUAGUAACAAUGAAUACUAAGGGGGAUAAGAUUUUGGAUAAAUCUUUACCAAAAAUUGGUGAAAAGUCACUAUUUACGGAAGAGUUGGAAAUAGCUUUGGAAAAUGGUCGCGUUGAUUUUGUGGUGCACUCAUUGAAAGACUUACCAACAACACUGCCAACAGGAAUGGCUCUAGGUGCAAUAUUAAAACGCGAAGAUCCACGUGAUGCAGUAGUUAUGUCGAAAAAGUUCAAAGGUGAAACAUUAUCUUCAUUGCCAAAAGAUAGCGUCAUAGGUACUAGUUCUUUACGUAGAUCAGCGCAACUAUCUCGAAAUAUGCCUCAUUUGAAGGUAGAAAAUAUUCGUGGGAACUUGAAUACUAGAUUGAAAAAAUUAGAUGAAGAAAAUGGUUCGUAUGCUGCAAUAAUAUUAGCUGCAGCUGGUUUAAAAAGAAUGAGCUGGGAAGACAGAAUAAGUCAACUUCUAGAACCUGAAGAAGCUCUCUAUGCUAUUGGUCAGGGUGCAUUAGGCGUUAAAUGCCGAGAAUCAGAUUGGGAUAUACGUUCUCUUUUAGAACCAUUAUUCGAUGUAGAAACCACAUUGAGAUGUGUAUGCGAACGUUCUUUUCUAAAAACUCUGGGCGGUGGAUGUUCCGCACCAGUCGCGGUAUCUUCAUUCUUAAAAGAGAACGAGUUAACAAUUACCGGUGCUGUAUGGUCUCUAGAUGGUCAAACCUUAGUUACAAAUACCUCUAAAAGUAAAUUGUACUUACCCGACGAUGAUGGCGAGCCUCCACGGAAAUGUCCGUAUCAAGAACCUCGCCUUUACUGUAGUGUUACUCCUGGCAAAGUAAGCAGCAUAAGUCUUCUCGGUGCAGAGCUGCUCGGUAAAGAUUUAGCCAAAAAUCUUAUUGAGAAAAAUGCUCUUGACGUGAUGUCACAAGCUAGAAAUGAAAUCUUGGAUUCAAAAUAGUUAUGGGUUGUUUAUUUAGGUAAUAUUUGGUAUUUUUGAAGUUAGAGAAUACAUGUAUGUUAAUGUAAAGCAACAAUGAUUGCUAAUUUCCUUUUCAUGACUGUGUGAAUAUUCAUUAUAAAGUUCUAUUUAUAUAUGCUCAAGAUGGAAACUUUGAUCAGAGAGUACAAAUAGUAUUAUAUUACUUUGUCCUUUCUGAUUAUAUUAAUUCUGCUUUACAUAUCAUACACAAUUUAUGUCUUAUUUAUGAAUCAGAAAAAGUACAAAACAAGUAUGAUAGAUAUAUUGGUCAGCAUCCCUAUUUGUCGCAUGUAACUUACUAGCCCAUGUCUCUUGAUCAUAUUAAUAUUGGAAAAUGUUGUAAAAUAUUUUAUAUAAUAUUGAAGUUUUUAUGUUAAUAUAUUUUUGCUUUUUAAUGAAUGUAUGGUACUCAUGGAAAGCAUGAGGAGUAUUACAUAUGUAUAUUUAAUUUAUUGUUACAUAAAUGUUCUAUAAUUUGUUAUUAUUGACAAAGCAAAUGUUACAUAGAAAUUUUAUUAUUGUUGACUAUAAUUCAGCCUAUUGCAAAAUACUGCCAUAUAUAAUAGGAUGAAUAAUAGUCAGUGACAUAUACUUCCAUUUCAAUUAAACAAAUUAUAAUCAAAUUUCAAUAAUUAUUAUAAUAAUCAAGUUGUACUUGCAGAGAACUUAUAAGCAUAAUUAUAGCAUGAGAAUAGAAUACACAUCUUCUAUU